AUGGUAUACUCUCAAAUGCAACAGUUAUUUUAUGAUAUAUACGCUAACAGCGAAUUUAUAAAGGAUGUGGUUCUCCCACGGUAUCAAAGACUCCUGAAAGCCAAAAAUGCCAAGCUGAUUCUCCAAGGAAAGGUGACCAAGCUCAAACGAGAAGUGAGGAAUUUUGACAAGAGCUUCGAAGUCAUCCAUGGUUUGAUCUCUCUGAAAUGUCAUAUUGAUGAAGUGUCUGAAGCUAUGAAGCGUGUUUCUUUGAAGAAAGACGGCGAGGAUGACGGCGAGGAAGAUGAUGAGGAAGACGACGGGGAAUGUGACGGGAAUGAGGAUGGAGGCAACGAGGAAGAGGAGGAGGCGAGGAUGAGGACGAACGAGCAACUAUCACGAUAUGUCAGUGGCUUGUGGGGAAAAAGCAUUCUUUCAAGUCAGCCCUUCGAUCUGUGGUGA